AUGCCUAAGCAACUCCAGAAAUCUCUUUCAGAUUACCUGACAAAGAAAAAAAAGAAAGCCACAGCACAACAAACUACUAAUUCCGCCAAUAAGACUCUCUCAUCGUCCACUAGCUGGUUGCUCCGGGGGUGUAGGCACCCCAAAACACCUUCAUUCUCAGCCGUUGAUCGCAAAGAGAAGAAUGUACAAGGCGAAAACGAAGCUGCAACACUUGCAGAUGUUGAUCGUUUCGUCUUUGAGAACUUUAAAUCCUUUUAUUACAAAGAUGAUGAUAAUGAAGCGGAAAUUGUAGAAAAUCCAAAUUCAUUGUCUGAGUCUCCAAGGCACAUCAUUCCGCCAUUAAAUCACACCGGAUCUCGUCGUUUUUUCAUUGCACCUGGUUCGUCAAGCUCCCUAAUUGAAGAAGCACGGACGAGCAUGACAGUUUCUGACGACACUGGAUCCACCUCAGCCAUCACCAUCACCACCGUGACCAACACCAAUUCAAAUGAAUUAUCGGCAAUCAGCACUGAAUACUCGAAGGAAACACUGAAUGCGAAUGAUUUUAUUACACUAGUAACGUAUUCUCCGAGUCCGUACGACGAUUUCAGGCAAUCGAUGCAGGAGAUGAUGGAGGCGAGGUUGAAGGAUCAAGGCAAAAUCAAUUGGGAAUUUAUGGAAGAGCUAUUGUUUUGUUAUCUAGAUUUGAACGAUAAGAAAUCGUACAAGUACAUACUUAGUGCGUUUGUGGAUCAGAUCGUCAUUUUGCGUGAAAACUCCGGCAGAGUACCGGCGAUAUCACGGAAUGUUCGACCAUUGGAUGGGGAAUUAAACCAAAGGGAUACGUAACGUAAGAAAUUAGUCACGGGUUUAAUUUAUAAUUUAGUGGGGGAAAGAACAAUGAAUUGUUAUUUUUUGUUGCUUCACAUGCAAAUAUCACUAGUUUUUAGCAUUUUCGUCACGUCACUUUAUUUAUAAUUUAAGUUUACUUCUUUUCC